AUGUUUAGGCUACCUUUAUCGAGGUCUCUUGUGAGUCCGUCCUCCAAACCAUUGCAAAUCAAUCCUAUGAGACGUCAAUCAUCAAAGAUCUUUGUGAAAGAUCUCAAGAUUAACGCCUACAUUGGGAAGAAUUACUGGAAUGAAAUCAACCAACAACCAUUGCUCUAUAAAUUAUCAGUAUUUUUGGGGCUUAACCACUCAGUGCUUCAAAACUCUGGUCCCACUGAUGAUUUAAACCAUUCCAUUUCUUAUGCCGAUGUCCUGAAUUAUAUUUUGCAUUACCUCAACAAUGAGAAUUGUCAAUUCGACGAUUCCCCGAAAUUUUUAAAUACCAUGUUUGAAAAACUCGUGCAACACAACAAUAAAAUACCUAAUUUGAAUGAUAGAUUCGUCAAUCAAUUGACUUUGGUGUUGCAAGAUGAUAGAUGCCAUUUGAAACUCCGUAACUUGAGAAUUGAAAAGUCGUACCAACUUACCAAGCCUUCAUCAUCAUCACCAUCCUCAACAACAACUCCAAUGCCUACCAAUUACUUGCUCCUUGAUCAACUCAAGUUGUUGACGAAGAUUGGGAUCUUUGAUUUCGAAAGAAAGAAAAAACAAUACGUCACGGUUGAUUUGAAGCUCGAUUACGAUGAGAUUUGCGCAAAAUGUCUGGCCAAAAACUUCAACGAAUUCAUUAGUUUUGAAUUACUUGAAUCGUUGGCAGAAUACGUGGAAAACACAGAAUUCCUUACAGUUGAAGCAUUGAUUACUUCGGUCGAUGAUUACCUUAGAAAAAAAUUUGGGAUUGUCAAUAUUUUCAACUUGAAGAUCACCAAGCUUAACGCCGUGGUGAACUCUGAAGGAGUGGGGCUUGAACUAGUUACAGAAACUCCUAUUGCCUUGUCCACUAAUGGUAGUGGUAACACCAAAGAAGAAUCAUCACCAUCAUCUCAUGCUAUCACCAGUGACUCGAUGUUCAAGGCUAGUACUACCACCACCGGCAAAGCUUCGCAUAUUGCUUAUUUGGGGUUCGGCACCAAUGAAGGUAAUACUAUGGCGAACAUUUAUCGUAUGCUUCAUUGUCUACGCGAAUGUCCAUCGAUCGAAAUAUUAGCCACCUCAUCACUUUACGAAACCGCACCAAUGUAUUAUUUGGACCAAUCCAGUUUUGUCAAUGGGGCUCUUAAGAUUCAAACCACUUUGUCACCAUUUGAACUCCUCAACUUUCUUAAAGAGGUCGAAUACCACGAGCUAGGAAGGGUCAAGGAAUUCGAUAAUGGUCCAAGAUCCAUUGAUGUUGAUAUUCUUCUUUACGACAAUAUCGUGUAUCGUAAUGAAACCGAUGAGAACUUGGUGGUGCCGCAUCCUAGAAUGCUUGAGCGGUUAUUUGUAUUGAACCCACUUUCUGAAAUCUUGGACCCAAUGAACGACGUCAUUCACCCGGUCACCAAUCAGAAUAUAUUGGAUUAUCAUCAUCAAGGGCUACUUUCAAGAUCAUCGGAGCCUGACAUGACCACCUUGGUGCCAAUCCGGAGAAACUUUAAACAGCACGGUGAUCAAUUCGAUAAUUGGAGAUUCAACUUUGAUGGCGAUCGUACCAAAAUCAUGGGGAUCAUUAACAUGACUAAAGAUUCGUUCUCGGAUGGUGGAGCUAAUUAUUUGGUAAAUGAUGCUUUGAAGACUGCACAGAGACUCGUUGAUCAAGGAGCGGAUAUUCUUGAUAUCGGGGCUACUUCUACCAAACCAGGCGCGAAAAUUGAGGAUUACGAUACGAUGAUGGCGGCUUUCCAAGAGGAAGUGAAUUGUAUUGUCCCAUUGAUCAAAGAAAUCAGACAAUCUUCCGAUGAAAAAUUAAGAAACGUCUUAAUUAGUGUCGAUACUUUCUACGGUAACACUGCUAAAGCCACUUUGGAAGCCGGGGCAGAUAUGGUGAAUGACGUGAGUAUGGGGAUGUACGAUCAGACUAUUUUUGAUGUCGUUAAACAAUUCCAAUGUCCGUAUAUCGUCAACCAUACCAGAGGCACUCCAACAACCAUGAAGAACCAUACCGAUUAUCAUUUGAUCAAUGAUGAUGGUGACAACAUUGUGGAGUUUGGGACCGUCAAUCAUGAGGUGACGAGAAUGGUCGCGAGAGAACUUGCUAUUACUAUCAAUCGGGCUUAUAAAGCAGGGGUGGCCAAAUGGCAAAUGAUCAUUGAUCCAGGUAUUGGGUUUGCGAAAACUUUACAACAGAACUUGAACCUUGUAAAGAGUUGUGGAGAACUAAGAGAUUACGGGGUAUUGUUCCGUGAUUCUGCCUCGGUGCAAAAUUAUAAUGAAAUCCAUGGUUUGAAUCCUUGGGGUGAUCAAUCUAUUCCACAACAACAGUCGGUGGCUAAUAACGAUUAUCUUAGUUUUGCUAAGCUUCCAAUAUUGGUUGGGCCUAGUCGUAAAAGAUUCAUUCUGAAGAUCACCAACGAGACUCUAAACUUGAAAGAAAAUGAAAAGUUGGUGAUUGGUACAAGUGGGAUCAUCAUGGCGUGCAUUGCCAAUAGGACCAACAUUGUUAGAGUUCAUGAUGUUGAAGAGAUCAAAAAGAUUUGCUUACUCGGGGAUGCUAUCUACAAUGGGAUCCUUUAA